GAACUCCAGGAUCCAAAAGCAACCGCAGAAUUCGGGAUUUUUCUGUCUUUUCUUUUUCCCCAGAGGAGAGUCCCCGUCCUCUCCUGUCAUCCACAGACUUACUGUGAUGGGCUCUUUUCCCAGAGGUUGACCAGAAGAAGCCAGAACGCUGAAGCUUCUCCCCCUCAAAUGGAGUGGUUUCCCUGGUGAUGGAUUGCUUCUCUCCCUGGAACGCCCUCCACCCUGGUGAGACCCCCCAAAUCUAGUCUGUGAGCUCAUCGUUAGGAAAUACCGCUGUCAAAAUGACUGAAGAGCCCAUCAAAGAGAUCCUGGGAACCCCAAAGUCUCCCAAGCCAGGGGCAAUGGAGAAGAACCCCAAGAGUGAAGCUGUGGUCACCACAGUCCCCCUGGUCAGUGAGAUUCAGCUGACGGCUGCCACCGGGGGUGCCGAACUCUCCUGCUACCGCUGCAUCAUCCCCUUCGCGGUGGUCAUCCUCAUCACCGGGACCGUGGUCACGGCGGUAGCGUACAGCUUCAAUUCCCACGGCUCCAUCAUCUCCAUCUUGGGCCUGGUCCUUCUGUCACUGGGACUGUUUCUGCUAGCCUCCAGCGCCUUGUGCUGGAAGGUGAGACAGAGGAGCAAGAAAGCCAAGAGACGGGAGAGUCAGACGACUCUCGUGGCAAAUCAGAGAAGCUUGUUUGCUUAGGACUGAAUGAGACGGAGUGGGUGUGUGGCCGGCACGUCCUGCUCUCCCUGUGUCAGCCAGUUCACCCAGAACUCGUGUGGGAGA